AUGCAGUUUGAUGGGCUCGGAACUAUGUGGAAGCUUGGCAGCGCAGCAGCAAGUCCAGUGCAACAGAACUGGAUUGGACGAGCGCUACUGCUCUUGCCGUGGGCCGAAGCCCGCUGCGACUUCUUGCAGCCCUUGCAGACGGGCGAGGAAGAGUGCAAAGCUGGAGUUGUGGUCGGCAUGCUGCAAGAUGGGCGGACGCAGUGUGUGGCCUAUGCAUCCCUUGGAGGCACCAGAUCAUGCGCUGAUGUUUGCGGAGAGCGCUGCUGCACUGCUGGGUUAGAGAGCCCAGCAGCUGCAUGUGAAGUUGCCGAAGCUGCAGCGACCAGUGCCCGGUCGGGGCCGUUCACUGUGUCAAUCAUCAAGGUCGUGUCGUGA